AUGUCUCUCGACCAAGUCACCGGCGGCCUCAACCGCGUCCCAGUGAACAAACCCGAAACCCCCAAACCCGCCAAAAACAUCCCAAAACUAGACCGGCCUGUGAAACAAAUCCACAAACAAACCAAAGAAGUGACCGAUCCUAUUGUCCCGGGCGAGUUUCCACGCGACGAAGGCACACCCCGCACCCAGCAUGAGCCAACUCCACCCUCGACCUUCCAAGGACUCUGGAACGGUUUCACGGGAUGGUUCACGAAUAUCGUGCCAUCAACGAUGGACCGAUUCGAGAACUUCAUGAAAUGGCUCGUGAUGUACGUCCUCCCACCGAAUAAACAGGCCGAGGUGUACGAGGCUGCGUCGAAGAGACCGAUCGCGACAACGUUUAUCAUCUGUCAGAUGAUUUGCUGUGGGGUCCCGCUGUUAGUGUUCCUGGCGGGCGUUUUUGUUUUUGCCGCUGUUGCGCUGAUUUUGUGGGCGGUUUUGUCGUUGUUGAUUCUUGGGCCCGUUUUAUUGGUUGCUAGUAUGAUGGGUGUCUCGCUUUGGGGAUGGGGAUGGAUCUUCUAUGGGUUGCUUAGGUGGAUUGAUCAACGGUUUUUGGGAGGUAUGAUUAGUCGGUUUUGGCUUCCUAGGGUGCAGUCACAGGAAGAGGAUGGAGAAGAAGGGGGGAGAGGAGAGUUCGGAGGAGAAAAAAGAGGAUAA